AUGGAGCAGACGCGCAUGUACCAGCCCCACCGGUCGUUCUCACGCACCCCGAUUAUCACACUAUCAGUUAUUUCUAUAGCCCUAGUCGCUCUAAUCACAAUCCACAGAAUGAGGAUCCACGCACUCGCCUCCGCGUCGCUGGCCAUCAUCGGCACCACAUCAGCCUUCAUCGACGACACGCGCGAUCUCAAACGGCAGCUCGUUGGGCACCGCGGCGAGAAGGCAUUCAUGCCCGAGCACUCUCUCGGCUCGUACUGGCAGGCCGCGCUCGAGGGCGCCGACUUCAUUGAGCCCGACCUGACUCUGACCAAGGACGGCCACCUGGUUGUCAACCACAACGAGUGGAUUGGCGACCUGACCAACGCCAAGGAGAUCCCUGAGCUGCAAAAGUACCGGCGCAACCUCACGUGGACCGACGACGACGGCACGUUCCAUGACAUCAAGAACGAGUACUUUAUCCACGACAUGACCCUGGAGGACAUCAAGAAGGUGCGCACACACCAGGCCAACAUGACGUUCCGCCCGCAGAUCUACAACGGCUACUUUGGGCUGCUGACUUUCGAGGAGUACCUGCAGACGAUCCGCGAGCUGACCGUCAAGCUGGGCCGCCCGUUCGGCCCGCUACUUGAGGACCGCGCCAUCAUUACGCUGAACCACUACGGCUGGGCCAAGAUCACCAAGAAGAUCAACACCGCGGCUCACAAGGACCUGAAGCUGGCGCCAGUCAAGCCGCUGCCGGCCGGCACCAAGGUCGGUCCCUCGGUCUGGCAGUGCUUUGACCAGGACACGGCAAAGUAUCUGUCCAGCCACACUGAUGUGCCUGUCGUUGCCCUGAACGAGAACACGCCUGCUUUCUUCACGCCCAAGGGUCUCGACCAGGUUGCCAAGUACGCCAAGAUCGUCUCACCGUGGAAGGACUUUCUUUGUCACUGGCGCCGAGGCCUAUCUGAAGUCGCAGAACAUCACCUGGGAUCCAAGGAGAUCAAGCGCCUUGGUGGCUUCAUCGCGCCCGACCAGCUGGCCAAGGAGAUCCACAAGCGCGGAAUGACGAUCUCGCCGUACACGUUCUACGACUCGCACCAGAACAUGCUCGGAUUCUGCCCCAAGAACAAGACCGAGGAGUUCUUCUACUUCUUUGACCAGGGCAUGGACUACAUGUUUGUCGAGGACAUUGUCGAGGCAAACGUCCUGCGCAUCCUCUACGCCAACAAGCUGGAGAACCAGCAGCGCAAGGGCUACUAUGCUGCUUAA